CUUCCCGGUCAAGGAUUCUCCAGAUAGUGGAUUUCAUUUAAAUCCUGGCACGGCCAUGAACAUCAAGGAGACUGUGGAUAGCGGAAGUCCACUGACGUAUAUGGCAUUAAGUGGCGAAACUCAUAAGGCUCUGUUAUUGAACAAUCAAGAUAAACUGACUGUCACACCUGACAAGACUAAAACAUUGAACACUCAAGUCAAUAUCACCACACCUCAAGGUAUGAAAGACGAUGCUAACAGUGUAGAGUUCAGAAUAUUCUCAAGCCGAGCUGCGCUCACAUGGCUAAACUAAACUAACUUUACUUAUACUGAAUAAAGUCACUUCUAAAACUGUUCCCCCUAGAGCUCCAAGGCUCGUCCCUUACUGAUCCAGUGUUACUACAGGAGGAAACCUGAACCAAACUAACUUUAUUUAUACUGGAUAGUUCUAUCAGUUCUAAACUGUUCUUCCUAGAGGUCCAGUAAGGAUCAUCUCUUAUUGAUCCAGUGUUACUACAGGAGGAAACCUGAACCAAACUAACUUUAUUUGUACUGGAUGUUUCAGCUUUAUCAGUUCUAAACUGUUCUUCCUAGAGGUCCAGUAAGGCUCGCCCCUAUUGAUACAGUGUUACUACAGGAGGAAACGUAAACUAAGUGAAGUUCAGCUCUAUUAGUUCAGCUCUAUUAGUUCAGCUCUAUUAGUUCAGCUCUAUUAGUUCAGCUCUAUGAGUUUGAAUUCAUUAUGAACUAUUGACUUAUUUUAUUGCUCUCCAGGAGAUGCAACUUCUCUUCAAAAAGAUUGUCAUGUCGUCACUUGUGCUGGUAAGUGUCAGCCGUGCUUUCUGUCUGGAAAACGUCAACUUUCUGGAAAGGUGUUAACUUUCUGGAAAAGGUGUUAACUUUAUGGAAAAGAUUAAAAACUCUCCUUUAUCAGGAAGAUGUUAAUGAUUGCUACGAAGGUCUUCUCUUUUCUGGUAGUUGAGUACAACCUACACUGAAGAAUUUGCCAGUCCUAAAUGUACGUUUUCUUAUGUUUAGUUUCCAAACCUCCGAAAGUCCCUGACCGUUUCAUCACGCUUAUUCUGCACAACAAACUGGGGCGAGCGGCGAGAGUGGUACCCAGUAAAGGCAGACAUAAGAAUCGAGGCUACGUGGUAGGGUCACACAGUUUUGUUAAAGUGAGCAUCAUUAUCAAAGGGGAAAAAUACGUGGAACCAAUCACGUUUCGAGGAGAGGAUCUGGAGACUCAGUCCAAGUUUCUGCUCAAUAAAGCGCUCUUCCCAAUCUCACUCACUCCUUCCAAUACACCAGACGCCGUCACGAAUAUUUCAGUCACUGCUGAAGGUACUGUAUCAGAGCAUUGCAUUUAGCUAAUAUCUAAGUUUCGCUUGUGAGUUUCAUGAGUUUCACUAAAUAUUGCUUGUUCCCAGCUUGUUGACAAGUUGUCCAACGGCUUGUUGACAUUAUGUAAAAGGUUGUUUACAACAGACUUGUUACAAGUUGUUCCAACAACUUGUUAUCGUCCUGCAAUUCAACAAUUUGUCAACAAGUUGUGAGUGACAACCUUGUAGCAACUUGAUAAAAUAACAGCAUCGUUACAACUUGUUGACAAGCUAACUACAAACCUGUUGCGAACACAUCUUGUUGACAAGUUGUGAGAUUUUUACGUGUGAGAUAUUAAUCGCGCAAAGAUAACAUUUUAAUUUAUCUUUCAAAAUCUCAAAUUUUUCUUUGAUUGAUUUAGCUCCCCAUGCGAAGCCUCUACAGUCUUGGUCUUUCUCAUCUUUUGAUGGCUCAUCAGUCCCAGGUAGUCCCAGUCUCUCAGUACAUGGUGAGGUCAGCGCGGCCGGAGAUGGUCUACAUUUUGAUGGCUCGACGUCAUCUAUGGACACUUAUGUAGAAGGCUCACAUUGUCUGCACGACACAGAGGUUUGCUCGAAAGGGUUUAGCUUUGGCACGAAGUUAAAGAUAGAUAAGAUAGCGAAUGGAUAUACUGAGCCGAAGUUUAUUCUAGACACAGGAGGUCAUGGGGAGAAGACUCGCGGUAUUUCACUGUUUGUUGAAAAUAAGAAACUUGUUGCUGAGGUCACCACUAAGAACAUGAGAUAUAGGGUAGGUUGAGCUUUGCUUUCAAUUUGCUCGUGGCUGUUGCGACCAUGACAAGAUAAGCCGAUGCAAUUACAGUGUCAUAAUAUCUCUGCUAUCGAUCAGUAGAGAUUGAUUUAUGUACAGCGCAGGCUACCUGUAUUUUAUAUCGGAAACUGUGACUUGAUCCCAACAGCCACGACUUAAUGGAAUAGAAUGAACGAAAUGGAAUGCAAUUUCCAUAAUAGAAAUAAUAUACGAAACAAUGGAAAACGAUAGACUACAAUAGAAAACAAUGGACUAUAAUGGAAUACAAAUGAAUAGAAUAGAAUUCAAUAGAAUACAAUGGAAUACAAUAGAAAACAAUAGAAAACAACAGAAAACGAUAGAAAGCAAUAGAAUGGAACAGAAUACUCGAAAAUAAAACCUAAAAUUCCUUACUCAAAUGCUGUGUACUGUGUUUUAAGGAAGUUUUUUUUUUCCACAGGCAGCAACUCCACUGGUGUUAGACCAAUGGAUCUAUGUGAUAAUGAGCUUCAAGAAAGGUCUUGGCCUCUCACUCUACUAUGACGCUCAGUUACGAAGCAUGGAUAACACUGGGUCACCUGUGCCUGACACACAUCCAGUGGACACGGAUAAGAAUUUUCUGAUUGGUCGAAAUAUUGAAGGUCCACCCUAUCAGUACGCAGCCUUCGAUAUGGCGUCAUUAACAGUCUUUCAAGAAUAUUUACACGAAGAUGAUGUCAACCGCGUGUUCUUGUUUUUCUGGAGCGGAAGUAAGUGCAAUCAUUUUGCGAAAAUAUUAUUUGGUGACAUAGUGUUUAGUGUAUGUAUGUUCUGUGCCCAGGGUUCAAUUCCUGCAAUAUGUACUUGUCUCACCAUAGUUUUCUCCAAGUCGCUUGUGAGAAGAACAAGACCGGAUUUUGGUGGAAAUGCUGGGGGGUGGAAAUAUAUUUCAGGGAGGUGCAGUGUCUAGCCCACAGCCCCCAUGGAAUGUUAGGACUUAGAAUGCAGCCCCCUAUUAAAGUCAACUACAUGACAUAUGCAUGCACUGUACAUAUGUAUCAGUGUAUUUAUGAAUUAUGACUAUACGACUCAUCUAAUAUUGCUCUUCAUUACAUUACUACCAAGUUAAUUUCAAAAUAUUCCAUUAAAAGGGCACUUGAUACAGAGAUGAUGAAUAGUUACUAGUUUUUCCGCAAUUUCUGGUGUAGACCCUAAGCAACGAAUAAAAAUUUCACUUCGAUCUAUCAUUUAACCUUUCCCAAGGGGAGGUUGAUUGCAAGACUCGAUGUUGCAAAAGACAUAUGCUGAUAUGUACUGUGCCAUCAAUACUCCCAAUUUAUCUUCUAAAACAAACAAUCCGCACUUUUCAGAAUCAGCCAAGAUCUACUACGCUACACUUCGCAUCAUUAACGGUGCAGGACGACCAGCUGUAUUGAAACCAAACCGAGGGAAUGACGAUGGCUUCCCGAUCAAACCCAACAGUACACAACAGAUCGUGUUGAUGUCGAUGAGCACGGAUAAUAAUCCUAUAGAACCUGUUGCAUUUCAUGCUAUUGAUGCAGAAACAUCCACCAAACUUAUGAUCAAUCAUUUUAUUCGUCCUUUUGUCGUCGUCCCUAAAGAAUCGAAGAAAGAAUUAACAACUAUAUUGGUAACAUCACCAGGUAUGCAAGUCUUUUUCAAAACAUAUUUCGUUAAUGUAUAUAAUCCCCGAACAAAUUACAUUUAUCAUCCAACGUUGCACACUCCUGCCUACCCACGUAAAAACGCACAAGUUGUAACAAACCUGCAGUAGACUUGUAGCAAUGCUGUUCCAACAACUUGUCAACAGGAUGUGUUCGCACUGCUUGUUCCCAGCUUGUUGACAACUUGCUACAAGGUUGUUGAGCUGAACAGACUUGUUGCAAGUUGUUCCAACAACUUGCUAUCGUCCUGCAAUUCAACAAUUUGUCAACAAGUUGUGAGUGACAACCUUGUACGUGCAACUUGUUGACAAGCUUGCUACAAGUCUGUUGCGAACACAUGUUGUUGACAAGUUGCGAGAUUUUUAAUUGUGUAAUUUCUGUGUUUACGGCAGCCAGGUAUAAUAUCAGAUAUGUUUUGCUAUUUCAAAUAUGUUUCACAUUUCUGACGACCAACUGCUGUCCUGUAGCUCUAACAUUUUCUGUUUCAUGUAGCGCCUUCGAUUCUUCCCAAAUACAUUUGGAACUUUAAACACGUCGACAUGGGUGUGGUUCGCGACAGUGAACCCAAGUUGAUGGUGCAUGGCUUUUAUAAACCUGAAGAGGACAGUUUACGUCUGUUGCCUGGCGACACUUGGAUUGAUGUCGGGGAUUAUAAAGGUAUGGCGAACGUAGAGAUAUAAAACCUUGCGCAAAGGUGGACAAACCAGGAAACAUUGUUUCCUAGCCAUGUUUCCUGAAGAUGGACAAACCAGGAAACAUUGUUUCCUAGCCAUGUUUCCCAAAGGUGGACAAACCAGGAAACAUUGUUUCCUAGCCAUGUUUCCUGAAGGUGGACAAACCAGGAAACAUUGUUUCCUAGCCAUUAUGGACAAAGCAGGAAAGAAUAUGUUGUAUAUCUUGCAGGCUCGUGCAUCAGUGACCCUCAGAUGUGUGAUGAAGGAAUGGCGAUGGCUGUGAAACUCAAGUUUAAUGACGAAGCUAAGAAUUACACUGACGAGCCGCGGUUUAUUUUGGACAGUGGUGCUCAUGAUUCUCAGUCACGUGGUUUCAGUUUACAUUAUCAGGAUGGUAGAGUGUAUUGCGUCGUGGCGAUCUCGAAUGCUGAAUGGAAGGUUAGUGUAUCUGGGCUUCGCUAUUGGGCUUCGAUGGCGCAGCCAUCAGAGUAAGCGUGUUUCGUGGGUUUGAUUCUCGCUAUGAACUCAUGUGAAAAGAGUCAGUCAAGUCGUGGAUUUUCUCGGGGUGCUCUGGUUUCCUCUCACAGGGAAAGUUGACAGAGUGGGUUAGGAUAAACAAAGUUAAGAAAGUAAUAUCACAAUUGUUGUAAACAUAAAAUAGUCUAGGCUAAGUAUGUAAUUAGGUAAGCGAAAUACUUGCUCUAUAGAAAUGCUGAUCUUGAUCCUAAUAGCCUAAGGAAGUUCGAUAUGCUACAAAAAUCUGUUUUUAUCAAAAAUGUAUAGAUUGUCUUGAUUUCAUUCAUUCUUUAUUUGACCAGGUGUCCGCACCGAUCACUUUUCAUGAAUGGAAAUAUGUGAUGUUCACGUGGAAAAAGAAUGAAGGACUUUCACUGUACGUGAACGGUCAUCUGAAGGACCACAUGAAGCACUUGGUGAACAAGCCUGGUCUACAUCAUACUGACAAGUUCAGCCGUUUUGAAAUCGCGCGAAAUAUUGCUGGUCCACCGUACGGGCAUGCGCAAUUCACCAUCAACUCACUCGCGUUCUUUGACGAGCACCUGUCCAAAGCUGAUGCGCUCAGAGAGUAUAUUUACUACUGGGGGAAUGGUAAGUUGCGACCAUUAUCACCAAGCACUAUCGCACAGCAGAUGGUGGUCAACCUUCAGUUAUCAGAGUGAGAAAAUAAUCUUCAUUCUUUUCAUUUUAUGCAAAUAGAAUCCGCCAUUUUGGGGGUACUGUCUACCCUCGUGAAAUAUUCUAGGCAAUUCAAACAACGUGAAAAGCGACUUUUAAAAGUUGGAACUGUAAUGAACCAUUAUACAAACAACUACAACGCUAAAAAGUCGUAUUUCAUGGUGCGGAGACUCUCAAACAUUAUUUUCAUUUUAUGGAAAUAGAAUUGAGAGUUGUAGUUUAAUUUUCUUGCUCCUGUAAUGCCGGUUUUCCACUUGAAUUUUUCAUUUGUCUUUGGUCUUUCAACUGGAACCAUCUGGAAAUAAUUGGAUAAAGACAAAAGAAAAAUUCGCGUUGAAACGAAGUUGAUUUUUUCAUUGACACUACUUCUCAAUGCUGUGAAGGUCCAACCACAUUUAUAAUCUUCGUUUCAGCGGCUCCAGCGUUUUCUAACCGUUACAUCAAAGUGAGGUUCGACAAUAAAGCUGGUACGAAUGUACGAAUCAAUCCAAGUAAAGGGGGCGCAAAGGAUCAAGGGUAUUCAAUCAAGCCACACAUGUCUCUGGAGCUAUCCUUUGUUGCCAAGGGAACGUCAGCGAAUGUUCCAGUUACAUUUCGAGCUCAGGAUGAGUUGUCAGGUGACUCACUGUUGAUUAAUACGUCAGAGGAGCCGUUUGCUGUCAGCCCUAGUGAUUCCAGUACUCAUAUGACCGUAGCAACAGUGACAUCAUCAGGUAUGUUAGGACAGAACUAGGCUUUAAAUCUAUUUUUAUAAUAACUUUAUUUAUACUGAACAGUUCUAAGCUGUUCUCGCUUGAGGUCCAAUAAAGUUCAUCCAUUAAUUUUGAUAUUUUGUUGUUUAGUGAAAUGUAUGUCACCAAAUGGCUUGUUCCCAGACUCUACAAAUGAGUUUGGUUACAUAAAUUGUACUGCAGGCUCAGCCAAGAGGGUUUCCUGUGGAAUUGGAAUGAAAUGGGAGGACGAGACGAAAUCCUGUCAACGUAAAGGUGAGGGAUUGGAGACUAGUCUCUAGUACUUUGAUAUAUCACCUCGCGCCUGUCAACUCUCGUACAAUAUUUGGUCUCGUUUGAUCAAGCAGAGAACACUUUCAUUCAUGUAAAAUCUCUCUUUCAACUCCUGUUGUCGUUUGAUCAAAUUAAUAUCUCUUCUUUCAGGUGGCUUGCCAACACUCUACUAUGCCACGCUACGACUUCAUAACAAUGCUGGCAAAGACGUUGAACUGAUAGAGAGCGAAGCCAAGGAGCCAGCGCAUUUACUAACCAAGGGAGAAAUAAGAAAAAUCAAGUUGAUUGGUCAUGAAACUAAACAUUACAAGUUUGAAGCAAUUGACAACAGCACGGGGGAGCCUCUGGUGUUGAAUAAUCAGGUUUUUACAAACGUUAUCCUUGGUGAUGACCCUGACCGAGUUAUGGAAGUUACGAUUAGUAAACCUAGUAAGUACGAAAACAUACUUUUAUGCUGCUCUCAAUUACCUGAUAAAAACUCUUCGUCAGGAGAUAUAAACUCUAUGUUCUUCGUUUCCAGGUCAUUUCUACACGGUGAUGACUCACACUGGUAUCCAGCCUGACGCUGGUACUAGCGCUAACGUGUUUGUUCAACUGAUUGGGAAUCAAGGUACUACUGAAGAACUACCUCUGAAUCAUGCUGGGACCAAGGAAUUCCAACCAGGACAGUAAGUGUACUACCUUGAUCUAUCGAUUUGAUUUAUUUAAAUAAUUAUCUCAUUGAAUGAUUACUGAUUGACUGUUGAUUGAAUAAUCAUUAGACAUUAGUUGAUUGAAUAAUUGACCUUGAUUGAUUAUUGAUUAUUAUCGAUAAACUGACAAUUGAUUGAUCGUGGAUUUACUAAUUAUUGAUUGUUUAUCGAUUUAUUGGUUUCUUAUUGAUUAUUGAUUGAUUAUUGAUUUAUUGCUUCUUGAUUAUUGAUUGAUUAUUGAUUUAUUGCUUCUUGAUUAUUGAUUGAUUAUUGAUUUAUUGCUUCUUGAUUAUUGAUUGAUUGAUUGAUUAUUUAUUGAUUGAUUUUAACAAUGUUAUUUAGAAUCGAUAAAUUUCGUGUUCCUGCGUUGGAUAUUGGGAAAAUUCUGAAAGUGAAAAUAAAACAUGAUGGCUCAGGAAAAUCUCCCUCGUGGUAUUUGAACAAGGUUGAAAAAAUGGAUUUUUAAUGACAUUUAUAGACGCGCGUUUAAGUCGGUUGCCAGCCAGUUCAUUUAUGGAAUAUAAAGAUCUAUUAGGUCUACUUAAAAUAUUCCUUUUCACACAUUCACAUUUUGUUUUGCAUUUAAAAUGUGAAUAAUUUUAUUUUAAGAUAACGGUGAAAGACGACAACCAGCAGAGUUACGAGUUUCCACUUUAUGACUGGCUAACUGGCGUGAACAGCGAGACUGAACCUGCCGAGAAAAAACUUGUGUUGUAUCAUGGGAAACGUGAGUUUACCAAAUUAUGUUUUGUGAAACACGUAAAAAUCCUUUCAUCGCAUCAACGUGUCAAAAUCUUUGACGUGUAGUCGUGCUGAAGAAACAUUUUCCCAUUUUCUAGGAACGUGUCUUCCGUCGUGUCAAAAUGGAGGUGAAUGUAUUGAAGGAAGAUGUCAGUGUCCAAGCUCAUUUGAAGGAGUUAGCUGUGAGAAAGGUACUCUUGUUGUGUUGUGUUGUGUUGUGUUGUGUUGUGUUGUGUUGUGUUGUGUUAACGGCAGUGGUGAAGCUAGCCAUAGCAACAGGUCAUGCUAUGCAAGUUUUUGAUGACACCUUUGGAAAUGUAUUAAAAACCUUAUUUAGAUGUACGUUUAAUAGCAUAUCAUGACUAGUUGCCAUGGCUAGCUGCGCCAUUGGUUGAUGCUACAGUGGUCAGUGUACAUCUCUGUGAUUGAGGUUUACUCCUAAACUACGCACUUGCGUGAUUAAGAUGUCGCCUCUGUCACAUGCGAUGAGUUCUCCUCUAGUUCGAUUCUAGCAAACAGCGCAUCUUUCUGUGAACACUACAUUAGAAAUGUGAUCCUUACUGGACCUCUAGGGGAUAACAACUCAGUGCUAUUCAGUAUAUUUUUUUGGUGAGAAAUGGUAUUAAAUCACGUCACGUUUCUUUCUAGCCUUGUGCCCAGUCCCCUGUAAGAACGGCGGAGAAUGUGUGAAUCCAACUUCAAACGAAUGCCGCUGUCCACAAGGAUUUCAGGGACAGUAUUGUGAAAAUGGUAGGUUUAAUUAUUUUCUCAGCUCAGAUAAGAUGAAGCAAGGCUAACCAUAUUUUUCUCUAUUUCAGCAAUAUGCACAUCAAGAUGUCUUAACGGUGGUAUUUGUAUUGGUCCUAACCGCUGUACAUGCUUGCCGGCGUAUUCUGGGCUCAGAUGCGAAAUAUGUAAGUACUUGAUUCAUUGGCCUGAUGUACACAGAGCUGGCUGACCCGUGUGGACGAAUGCUACACACGUAAAAACGCAUAGGUUGUAACAAACCUGUGAGCAGACUUGUAGCAAUGCUGUUCCAACAACUUGUCAACAGGAUGUGUUCGCACUGCUUGUUCCCAGCUUGGUGACAAGUUGCCAACGGCUUGUUGACAACUUACUACAAGGUUCUUGAGCACAACAGACUUGUUACAAGUUAUUAUCGUCCUCAUUUCAACAAGGUGUGAGUGACAAGCUUGUAGCAACUUGAUGAAAUAACAACAUUGUUACAACUUGUUGACAAGCUUGCUACAAUCCUGUUGCGAACACAUAUUGUUGACAAGUUUCGAGAUUUUUACGUGUGUUGUUUGUUUUAAUAGUUUUAUUUGUGUAGAAUCGCAGCAAACAGAUCUUUGAUCUUCAAAACAAUAACUUUAAUUUUUCUCUUGAACAGCGGCGUGUAAACCAGAUUGUAUCAAUGGUGGACUUUGUAAAGAAGGAAAAUGUGAAUGUUCCUCGGGUUACUCUGGUGAAUAUUGUCAAAUUGGUAAGUGGAAGUUAACAGUCUUUUGUUGGUAGCCAUGCAACUAGCUAGUUCCAGACCUUUUUGCAAGCGGUGAGCAUAUUCUUACGCGCGUGCAACACGCGUGUAGUCCACGCAUGCUGAUUGUUCAUACUCAAUGUUUACGUAAGGGCCUGGGGUAUACAGUACCUACACCUUGUGUUUAUGACACGUUGUUUUUCUUUAACUUAGAACACACAUGCGAGCUUCCUCUGGAGACUGGACCGUGUUUACACGAGUUGAGACAAGAGAUCAAGACUGGGAAGUCAGAGGAGAGAAGCGAGAGCUGUAGCAAAUAUCUCACUGAAGUAUUGAACAGCUGUCAAGCUCGGGGUUCCACUUAUACGCAAGCUGAAUGCGAGAAACAGUGUGGUAAGUUUUGUCACAAAAAUAUAUCUUAGUGUGUUCGUUCGUGGGGAUUACACGCGUGGCAAAAUCUCGAGAAUUACACGCGUGGUGAUCUCAAGAUUGUCGUCACUAGAGGGGGGGGUAUCCUGUAUAAAUAAAGUUAGUUUAGUUUAGGUUUCCUCCUGUAGUAACACUGGAUCAAUAAGAGAUGAUCCUUACUGGAUUUCUAGGGAGGACAAUUUAGAACUGGUAGAGCUAUCCAGUAUAAAUAAAGUUAGUUUAGUUCGCGACAUUAUUACGAGCUCUGACGGUAUUAAAUCUCUUUCUCUAGAUCCUAUAUCAAACACGGUUUGUUCAAGAAUUUGGAAUCCAGCAAAAUGUCAGACUGAUACUAAACGUUUCAGAUUCAAUGCGCAGACUCGUACAUGUGAUCAAUUCAUGUUCUCCGGUUGCCUAGGAAACAGGAAUAAUUUCGUCACGGAAAGUACAUGCAGCCAGGCCUGUUCCACAGGUAAGCAAUUAUGACGUGAUUGGGGAUUUCCAAAAUAGUUGUAGUGGUUGAUGACUUGAAUCCAUAAAAGGAGAAUCUUUUGUAUGUUACGUAACACGCGCACAAAACUAAUGAACAUACUUUUCCACUUGGUUAUGACAAAAUUCAAUUUUUGAUACGUUUCACAAGCGGCAAGCAAAUUUAAAUUGCAAAUUUACGUGCCAAAAUGAAAUAAUAUACAUUGCUUUAUUAUAUAAACAUAAGUGUUAUAUAGAGUUUUUGGCCACUGAGAAAAAUCGUAUUUAAACACACGUAAAAAAUACGAUAUUUUUACGUGUGAAAAUAUCAUUUGUUGUAAAACGCAUUGCCACGGACGUUUUAUUGUUUUUCACUGAAUUUUGUUUAUAUAAUAAACAGAAAAAUACAUGGUAUUUCCGCGCACCCAUGUAUUAUUCUCUAUUUACGUUUGCAAAUUUCAAAACGAAAUAAUACACGGAUGUCGAGUAAAGAAAAUUGAAGUUUGUGGGAAUAUUGCUAGAGCAGUCUUCAUCGUCGUCACAAGUAGUUUGCAGUCCUUGUGCGAGAGAGCCACGAAAUAUCGUAGAUACCUACAAAUACACCCUUUCGAUAAUUACGUCGCACAUACCUUUGGUCCUAGAGCCUCUCUCAACAGUAAAUUACGCAACGUGAUUGGCUCGCGAUUCACGAAAGCGAGGCUCCCAGGCCAAAUGACAUUUCCCAUUCACAGCAAUUCCCUCCUGCCACAAAAUUAUCAGCUACAAAAUCAUCAAGAAAAAAUAUAUUUGUCGUCGGUGACUUAGUGACUAAGGCUAUAUAAAGAGGCAGCGAUCAAACGAAGACACCAUAUCCACUCUUUCUUUAGAGCUUAAUCAACAAAGUUCGUAAACAUUUUUUUGUUCAUCCUUAAAUGUGAAUCGUGCCUUUAAACAGUUUUGAUUGCAAAACUCAAGAAACACCUCUCACAAUCGUACAUACGAACCGCGAAAAAACCUUGGAAAGGACUUUGGGAAAGUCUACUCACGCAUCUGCCGUGUUUGUUCACAAUUAAGCUAUCAAUCAACGAUUAUUUUAGCAUAAAUUAGCAAAUAUUUUAUUUUGAACCAAUCAGAUUUCUCGUUCUCUGGGAGAACCAGUAAAAACGGCAAAGCAUGGCGUUUUGUGCAGGCUCUUCUUUCUGACAGCCGCUAAACAGGCUAGCUUUAAAUUCAAGUUUUAAAUUCAGGCUUUAAAUUCAAGUUUUAAAUUCAGACUUUAAAUUCAAGUUUUAAAUUUAGGUUUUAAAUUUAGGUUUUAAAUUCAGGCUUUAAAUUCAGGUUUUAAAUUCAAGUUUUAAAUUCAGGAUUUAAAUUCAGGUUUAAAAUUCAGGUUUAAAACUCAGGUUUUAAAUUCAGGUUUAAAAUUCAGGUUUAAAUUCCACCAUCCGCUGCACGAUAGUCGAUGUAGCACUUAGUGAAACCUGGACUAUGUCAUGUUUUAAAUUUCUUUCGACAUAAAAUUCAACUAAUAAAUAAAUAAAUAAAUAAAUAAAUAAAUAAACUGUUCAUUGUUCUACUUUCAUGCUUUGUUUCUACAGAUAUAAAAAGACGGAAACGACGAAGAGCCCCAGGCGUAAUUGGACGUUUCCUAAGGAGGCCGUUUUAAUGUUUAAAUGAGGCAACACUUAUAUAAAACCUUAAGGAUUCUUAAACA